AUGGCAUUCGUCGUGAAGAUGGCUGUAGCUGUGGCAGCAAUGCCGCUCUACGGAGCGCUUGCUCGUCCGUCCUCUCCUUGUAUUAAGCGCGCAAACGAGUCCAACCUGCUGCCGAGUUAUGAUUAUAUCGUCGUUGGAGCCGGUGCGAGUGGUUUGACGGUUGCCAACCGACUUUCCGAGGAUUCGAAUGUGUCCGUUCUGAUCAUCGAGGCCGGCGAACUUGACGCGGGAGAAGAUUUUGUGAAGAUUCCGGGUCUGGCAGGAGGCGCUAUUGGAACGAAGUAUGACUGGAACACGACUUACAUCGCCAACGAUGCGCUCGGAGGCCGUACCGUUUCUAUUCCCCAAGGAAGGGUUGUUGGAGGCUCAACGAAACUCAACCGAAUGGUCUUCGACAGAGGUUCCAAAUCCGACUAUGACCGCUGGGAGGCGCUUGGAAACACUGGCUGGAACUGGGACUCUCUUCUGCCGUAUUUCAAGAAGAAUGAAAUCUUCACCCCUCCCAAGGCAGACAUUGUCUCCGAAUGGGGUGUCGAGGUUGACGACUCUGCUCACGGCAAGGACGGUUUGAUGCAAGUCACGUACUCUCCAUUCUUCUGGCCCACUACCAAGUACAUGAUUGAUGCCGUUAAGGAGCUCGGCAUCACUGUUGCCAAGGAUCAAGCCAAUGGAAGCCCCAUCGGUGGUUACUUCUGCCCUCACAACCAGGACCCCACGACAAACACUCGUUCUUCCGCCAGAGAGGCUUACUACGACAACUUCACCACCAGAAAGAACCUGCACCUUCUUACCGGACAACAGGUUACCAAGGUUUUGACUACUGGUUCUGGCGACUCAGUCACUGCGACCGGCGUGGAGUUCGCCGCCAGCAAGGGUGCCAAUGUCCAGACUGCCACCGCUAGCAAGGAGGUCAUUCUUGCUGCUGGUUCCUUCCACACCCCUCAAAUCCUCCAGGUUUCUGGUAUCGGUGACUCUGCCCUCCACCAGAGCAUUGGUGUUUCCACUGUUGUCGAUCUCCCUGCUGUCGGCCAGAACUUGCAUGAUCAUGUUCUUCUGACUGUAGUUAACACCAUCAACACGACUCUGCCCGUGAGCAGCCUCCUGACGAGCAAUGAGACCUUCGCCGCCGCCGCCCGAGCCGAGUACGACAGCCAGCACACUGGUCCCUUCGCAUCCCCCACCGGCGACUUUUUGGCUUUCCUCCCUCUGUCCACCUACUCCCAGGCUGGCCAGUCUCUGAACACCCAGGCCACCUCUCAGGACGGCACGACCUUCCUUCCUACUGGUACUCCGGCCGAGGUUGUGAAGGGUUACCAGGCCCAGCAGAAGGUGCUCAAUGAGCGUCUUCUGGCCACUGACUCCGCCCUUCUUGAGGUUAUCUGGUCCGACGGUGCCAUGGUGCUUGGUCUUCAGCACCCUUACUCUCGUGGCAGUGUGAAGGCCUCCUCCAGCAGCACAUUCGACGCCCCCGUCGCCGACGCCGGCUUCCUCCGCAACCCUCUGGACGUCUCCCUUUUGACCGAGGGCGUUAAGUUCACUCGUACCCUCACUGCCACCUCCGCCAUCAAGCAGCUGUCUCCCGUCGAGGUCGUUCCCGGUGUCAACGUUACCAGCGAUGAGGCCAUUGGCGACUUCAUUCGUCAGCAGGCUUCAACUCUGUACCACCCUGUCGGCACCUGCAAGAUGGGCGCCAAGGAGGAGGGCGGUGUCGUGGAUGGAAACCUGAAGGUCUACGGCGUCAAGGGUCUGCGUGUUGUCGAUGCCUCUAUCAUGCCUUUGGUUCCUGCCACCCACAUCAUGACAACUGUUUACGCUGUCGCUGAGAGAGCUGCCGAUAUCAUCCGUGGCAAGACUUCUGCCUGA